AUGGUGAGUAAUCACUCAUCGUUCGAGAAUUCAGUACAAUCCGCUAAUCAUUUCCCGCAGGUCGUCCUCGCAGCUUCAAUAUGCACAAGAGGGGGGAAGGGACUGGUAUCCCGCCAGUUCAGGCCAAUGCCUCGAUCGCGGAUAGAGCAGCUGUUGGCAGACUUUCCCCGCCUGCUCGCAGACCAGCCCGGCACUCAGCAUACCACUGUCGAGUCGGACUCGAUACGCUACAUCUACCAGCCCAUCGACACCGUCUACCUCCUGUUGAUCAUCACCCGUAACUCCAACAUCCUCCAGGACAUCGACUCCCUCCACCUGUUCAGUCAGGUCGUCUCGAGCAUCUGCAAGACGCUCGAUGAGCGCGGCAUUCUGGCGAGCGCGUUUGAGCUCCUGAGCGCCUUCGAUGAGCUGGUCACACUAGGCUACAGAGAAAGCCUGACCCUAUCCCAAAUCAAGACGUUCCUAGACAUGGAAUCGCACGAAGAGCGGAUUCAAGAAAUCAUCGCCCGCAACAAAGAGCUCGAAGCCAGCGAAGAGCGCAAGCGUAAAGCCAAGCAGCUCGAAAUGCAGCGCAAAGAGCUCUCCCGCUCCAAUCGCAGCGGCGGCAUUGGCUCAGCCCGCGUACCCUCCUACCCAACCUACACACCCCCCGUUCCCACCACCAACGUUCCAGACACCUACGACUCGUACGCCGCUGCGCAGAACAAGAACUCCAAGCCCCUGGCUACGCGGGGGAAGGGCAUGCAACUCGGCAAAAAGAGCAAGACGACUAACAUGUUCGACGCCGUGCGCGCGGACUUGGGGCCCGAGGCCGCUGUCUCCUCGGCAGCACCGCUUAUAUCCACACAGCGCGAGGCAGCCGUCGCCCGCGAAGCCGCCGCAGCCGCAGCCGCCCCCGCCUCUGCACGAGCCUCUACCAGCACAGAUAGAGAAGCCAUCCACAUCACAAUCAGCGAGACCAUCUCCGCGCGCCUGUCUCGCGAGGGCACCCUCGAAUCCCUCGACGUGAAAGGCGACCUCCAGCUCCGCAUCACCGACCCGAGCCUCACGCAAGUAAAACUCGACCUCAACAUCUCCAACACGCACAACGCGCAACUAACCGCACACCCCAAAGUCGACAAGGCCCUCUUCCGGUCCUCCAGGACAAUCCAGCUGGCCGAUCCCUCAAAGGGGUUCCCGGCGAACAACGCCAUCGGCGUCAUGAGGUGGAAGCUCUCCCCCACCAAGCCAUCUGAGAUGGGCGACCCGCCGAUCAGCUUCACUGUCUGGGUCAAUGACAACGGCGGGAGUGUCUGGAACGCAACGGUAGAGUACGAGUGGAGCGGCGGCGACCCGCUGCGGGACGUCGCCGUCACAAUUCCUUACUCCUCCAGCGAACCAUCCGUGUCUAGCCACGACGCUGUGUACGAGGUCACGGGCGAUAGUCUGGAGUGGAACGUUGGCGCCGUGGACGAGGAGAAUGCGUCGGGGAGCUUUGAGUUUGAGGCGGGCGCGGAGAGUGAAAGUGAAUUCUUCCCCAUGAGUGUCAGGUUUGCGAAGACAAGGCCGUUCGUCGAUGUUGAUGUUUCGGCGGUUACGCUGUUGAGUAUGGGCCAGGAAGUUGGGUUCUCCAAGGAUGUGCAGAGUGUCGCGGAUAAGUAUUUGAUUGUGUAG